AUGCCGGAAGAUGAGUUUAUGCGAACAGAGUUCUCGCUGGAUGAGUAUCUUAGCAAGAUACUAGCAGAUGCCUCUGGGGAGUGCGCGCGCCUUAAGGACCAACAUGUGCGUAUGCUGUCGCACCAUGCAGAGGCACUUUCUUGCGAUAUGCGAAAUAAAAAACAGGAAAUUAGAGAAGGACUAUGCACCUUAGCGGCUCUAACAGAAGAGGCCCGCCGUAUAUCACUUGAGCUCCCAGAACUCUUUCUUCCACUUCUUGCAACAGAAGACCCGCACAAAGAUGAAAUGCACUCUGCGCUUGAAAGUGAGGUGCAGGCACUCCAUGGGGAUGCAUCUAUUUCAGAGGGCCGCUUUCUAAAGCAUAAAGAGCACGUGACUGUUACUAUAGACAGAGUGUCAUAUGAGGGGGUGCUUCUUGUAUGUGCAGAUAUUCUUAUAGUGGGAAUAAAGACAAAUGACGGAUGGGAGAUGUACAAUGCACUUCUUAUUAAAGAAAUACAGUGUCGCAUUGAAGAAGAUAUUCUUGCUAUUACACUGCCCCCUAUUCGUCUUGAAAUUACAAAAGCAGAAAAUACGCUAAAGCAUCUACUCAAUAAGAUACACGGCACAAACUCACAGAAAAGCACACCUCGUGAUAGAAGCAUAUCAGAUAAAGAUGCAAAUAAUAAGGCAGAUGAUGCUGACAAAGAGGCAUAUGCUGACUUUCUCUUGCAAAUUGGGCAAGUGCAGACUGCAGACCCCUCAAUAGAAAAUCUUCUCCAGAAAAUAGAAGAGGCGCAUAAAAGAGGAAAGUGGAAAGAAAGUAGUCUUCUGCAGGCACUUAAAAGGAAAAGUAUUUCAGCUGCUGUGCAGGCAUACUGCACUCUUGAGAAGCCUGUGCUAUACAGAGAAAUAGAUGCAUCUCUUAGAAGAAAGGAGCCAUUGAUAGAUAUUUUGCAGACUCUGCAUGAUCUAAUAGCGCAUUAUAUUUUGGGAGUAGAAAAGGUGUUUCCUGAGCCAGCUGCAUACGGGUAUAUUGCAGUCCAUCUAGAGGAAAUACAUGAGCGCACAGCAAGAUUGGUGUAUAGGCUCUUUUAUUUGUGCAGCGCAUCAGAGGAGGAGAGUGUCGCAUUCAAUGCCGCCUUAAUAAAGGCAUUUACUUAUGACGGGUACUCGUAUGGGUAUACAGCAAGAAUAGGCGAAGAAGUACGCAAGGACCUCCUUAGAAGUAAAUAUGCGUUCAAUAAACAAGUAAUGCAGAAUAUAUUCAAGAAAAUACAGCUAUAG